CGCUCUCCGCCCCCCUGCAGCACCUCCACCACCCGUCCCAUCCCUUCCUUCCCCCCUUCCCGCGCGUUCCCGUCCCCGACCCGCCUCGCCGCCGUCGACUUGACGGCCCCAGCUCGCCGCCGCCCGCGAAGGCGACGACCGGCAGCAGCGGCCCGAAUCGAGGGGCGAGGGCCCUCUCAGAUUAGGGGGAAGAAAUGUCUGGUCAUUGAUCCGAAGCUUGCGGGCACCCUCUUGCUGAUCCUGCAGACCUCGGUGCUAAAGGAAUAUGGCACGGAGCUGCGGAUCCUCUCGGCUGACCCUCUGCGGACGGAAUGCCCCAAAGUGGUGUAUCUUGUUCGCUCCCAGUUGAACUUCAUGAAAUUUGUAGCUAAUCAAAUUAAGAAUAACGAAUCCAAAGGGCUCCAUAGGGAAUACCACCUCUAUUUUGUACCACGCCGUAUAGUUGCCUGUGAGAAGAUUCUGGAGGAAGAGAAAGUUCAUCAAAAGUUGACAAUCGGAGAAUAUCCCUUGUAUCUAGUUCCUUUGGACGAGGAUGUCCUUUCUUUGGAGCUUGACUAUUCCUUGCAGGAAUGCCUUAUUGAAGGAUAUACAAGUUCUGUCUGGCAUGUUGCAAAAGCUAUCCAUAAGUUAGAGUUUGCUUUCGGGGUUAUCCCCAAUAUUAGAGCCAAGGGUGUAGCAUCAACCAAAGCUGCAGAAUUGCUGAACCAUAUGCAACUUGAAGACCCAGUCAGCAUGGAUAAUAUGGGGAUUCCAGAGAUAGACACCGUUAUUUUGCUAGACAGAGAGGUGGAUAUGGUGACACCAAUGUGCUCUCAGCUAACGUAUGAAGGUCUAUUAGAUGAGAUGUUGGAAAUUCAUAAUGGAUCUGUGGAAGUUGAUGCCAGCAUUAUGGGUGCUCAACAAGAUGGAAAAAAGGUCAAGGUUCCACUCAAUUCAAGUGCAUUUCUGAAGACUCGAUGAUGGAGAUCAUGAUGAUGGAGAUCA